AUGGAGGGGAAAAACGAGGAAUACCUUGAGAAGUUACUGAAUGAUUACAUCAAGUCUGGGUGGUUCAUUAAUGAGGGUUUUGUAUCUUCCAUAUUUUCAAUAUUAAAAAAUAAGAAAGAGACGCUGGAUGAGUUUAUACAAAAACGAGGGUUUUACUGGAAAAGUGUUGAGUGUCACACAGAGGGGCAGUUAACCAAUUUACAAGAGGUUACUGCCCAACACAACACGUUACUUAAAGCGCUUCGAGGGGUUAGAAGAGAGUUAGUAUUUGUGUGUGAUGAAUACGGAAGGUCAUUAAGGUGUGUUUCACCCCAAAAGGGUUUGCAGACGAAAAGCAUCAAUCCAUUAACAGACACACUUGUUUCAAGGGGAUGUGGUAAUUCAACGAUGUUUUAUUGUAUGAGUGGUGAUGGGGUGUGUUUAUCUCCAUUGAUAGUUGGUGACACCGAAUACUUAAAGGAAGUUAGAUUAGUGUUGGGGGAUAAGGUCACGUUGUUACAAAACGAGAACUUUCAAUUUACAAGUUCAGGGAUGUGUAAGUGGAUUGUGAACGUUAUUAUCAAACACAUUAAGAACAAGCGCAAAGAGUUCAAAGACAACUUAAAAGCAGUCAUUUUGUUUCCCGAAUAUUACAAAAACCCAUUCACUAUUGUGCCUGACCUAAAGAAAGAAAAUAUCGAAACAAUAGGGGUCGAAAAACUGGCACAAGACUUCACACCUUUUGAUAACAUCGGAACUCUUCUCGACUCCAUCGUCAUCUCGAGGUGGACGGACGAUCAAAAAUUGAACGUGUUUAUUGCAGCAAGUGAAUUCUUAGAGUUGGACGCACCACUUUCAAAAAGUUGCUUUGAAGGGAUUUACAAAGACGACAUUUCAAAUGAAUUUAUUUCAAAUAGUGCCUUUGAAAGUAAGGUUUUGAGUGGACGAGACUUACAAAAACGGAUAGAUCCAAAUAUUGUGAAGAUGUGGGAACGUGAGGGGUUCAUUUAUAACAUUAACAAACUCAAAUCUCCACUGAAUUUAAUCGUCUUCCACAUUAUAUCAACUCAGCAAUUCAUGCUAUGUAAAAGUGUUAAAGAGCAAAUACUCUUCUUCUUAUGUAAUUACCCCACACUUGUGAAAUUCUUUAAGUCCGAAAAGUAA